UCAGUGUUUUAUUUCCAUCUGUAGGUUGCAACCAUGUCGGCUGUACCAGUAGAAGAGAUCGCCCGGCUCAUGCUGUCCUCCACCAACAACCUCACCCUGCACACCGGCAACAUCAUCAACUGGAACCACCUCAAGCGCAAGACGUCCCAGAACGCCGGCGAGGAGGUUCUGGAGUGCCUGUCCGCCACGCUCAACGUCUGGAGCUCCACGGUCGACCCCUCGUGGAUGAACGAGGAAUCCAACAACGCCCUCGUCGUCACCAACCCCAACCAGAUGGAGAGGAUCACGGAGGACGAGCGCAGCAAACUGAAAGUCUCGGUGAAGAUCUUCCUCCUGAAGUGGGAUCCUGACCUGGUGGUGGAGGCUGUGGACCAAGUGUGUAAUGAGUUAGACAUAGGAGUUGUGGACUCUGUGUUGUUGGCACUUCCACCACUAGAGGCCGAGAUGGGAGAGGAACUCACUGUGAACCACAUUCUACCAAUGUGGGAACCAAUGGAAAGGUUGUAUGAUGUGGAGCGUGUUUCGGCGAUCGGGACAUCAGACCUGGACAAGGAGAUGCUUGAGCAGACCCACGGCAUGGCCAGAGUCAAGCCUACUAUCAACCAGGUGAAUGUUGUUUCAUGCUGUGUCAUCCCACCUGAACUGACAGCCUUCGCGAAGGAGAAUGACAUCCAGCUCCUGACCCACAGUGACCCCAGGGACGUCCUUCCUACACCAACAUUCCAGGAGAUCCUGCGGGGCAGUAGUCAUGACGACCAUGUGGACGAAUGGCAGCCGUUCUGGGUGCUGCGGUACACGGUCAUGGUCAAGUGUCGCGGCGUCAUCAAGGCCAAGGGGUACAUCGUGAACGGGAGACGCCACGCCACCGACAUGCCCCUGUCGGUCGCGUGAUCCAGGCAAAAAGCCCGGCGUGUAAUUUUUAUCAAACAAGGAGAUGGACAGAAGUGGUUUCUAUAGUUAAUAGUACAUGUAUAAAGAAUAUAUGGUGUACAGGUAAAAAAGCAAUUUUUUACCUUGGUGUUUGUUCGGGUGGAUAGAGAAUGAUUGAUGGAUUUGUUACAUAUGGUUGAUAUUUCAGUAUGAGGGAAAUCAAAUUGGUUCGAAUUUGUUUUCUGUUCUUCCAAGCUUGUAAUAUAUCUGGUAGCAUGAUUAAUGGUGUUUGAAACGAUACUAUUAGUUACUUUGUUACAAAAAGUCCAACUUUUUAGAUAGAUGCCACUGGUUUUCAAGAAUUAUGUAAUGUUACAUGUAUCAUAACAUGUUAUGGUGUUAUAACACAGUAACUAAAUGUGGUAGGCAUACUAGCUUGAAUGAUGGUGUUAGGGCUUCUGCAUUUUAGGGUAGUUGAAAAUGAUGGGAAGAGGAGGGGGCAUGGAAAUUAGAAUAUGAUUGACCAUGAGAAAACUGGAGUCAUUGUUGUAUCAUAUGUGAAUCAUAUGUAACUAUAUUAAAUGCAGUAAAAGCAAAUAAACUUUGUUGUCAAAUACGUUGACCUAAAAGAUUGGAAUUAUUCUGUAAUUAACCUUUCCAGAUCCCCUUGAUGUGGAGAAAGUCUAUGUUCUUUACCAUCUUCUGUAUCUACUAUCUGUAUGCCAAAAACAUAAUAAAAGGUGAUCUUAUA